AUGUCCGCGAUAUUUCAAGAUAAUAUCAGUUUAUGUAAUGAAAUAACAGAAAGAGUUGUACAACAUUUCGUUCAUUGUAUAGAGACUCACGGUCGACACGUUCAAUAUCUCAAAUUUCUACAAACUAUCGUCAAGGGAGGAGAGAGAAGUAGAAAAGGGCAGGAACUGGUUAUGGCAGAGUUAAUCAGUGUAGGAGAAGAAGUGUUGGUAUUUUAUAACGACCGAGCCUCGUUUGAAACGUUAAUUAAUCUGAUGAAUCAGGAACGAAACAGAAUUGACGAAAGAUCUCCGUUAAAAUAUCAUAUCAAUCUCGUUCAACUAUUGGCUCUCUGUACAGAGGGGAAGUGUCUGUUUACAGAGAUCAAAUGUCAUUCUCUUCUCCCAUUGGACGAUAUCGUACGAGUUGUGACUCAUAAAGAUUGUAUUCCAGAGGUGAAGUCAGCGUAUAUUAAUUUUCUAAACCAUUGCUAUGUUGAUACGGAGGUAGAGAUGAAGGAAUUAUUUAACAGUAGACAUAUGUGGACUUUAUUUGAGAAUUUUCUCGUAGAUAUGGCCAUCGUCUGUAACACACCAUGUGACCCUAACCAUAGCGACCAAAUGAUGCACGACUACGUUACUAUCACUGUAAUGAAUAUUAUUUCCACGUAUUUUAGUUCUUCGUAUUCCGAUCAAAGUACUUCCAUACAGACAAAUCAACCAGUUUUCGUGAGGUUAUUACAAGGUGCUUUUAGACUCUCUCAUUGUGAUUGGUUGUCAGGGACACAACGAUUUAACGUAGAGAACUGUAUUAAAACUCUAUCAGAUACAGCGAAGAGUCGAGGUAUUGCGAUACCAGUAGACUUGGACAGUCAGGUGAACAGUUUAUUUGAGAAAUCUCAGAUUGUUUUAAAAACAACGAACACGUGGAUGAAGAAACGAUCCAAUAGAAUUGAUUCUACUUCGAGCACACAGAGAGAUUAUAGAAAUAUUAUAGAAGGUUUACAGGAUAUUGUUUCUACACUAGAAGAUCAGCUACGACCUCUAGUACAGGCAGAGUUGUCUGUCCUUGUUGAUGUGUUACACCGACCAGAGUUAUUGUUCUUGCCAGGAACAGACGCCAGGAAGAAAUGUGAAAGUGGAGGCUUCAUUUCGAGGUUAAUAAAACAUACGAAGACUCUAUUAGAAGAAAAGGAAGAGAAACUCUGUAUCAAAGUUUUACAGACGUUGAAAGAAAUGAUGACAAUAGACAUUGAUUAUUCAGAUAAGACUGUUCUAGUAGACAAGACUGUUCUAGUAGACAAGACUGUUCUAGGAGACAAGACUGUUCUAGUUAACAAGAUUCUUCUAGUAGACAAGACUGUUCUAGUAGACAAGACUGUUCUAGUAGACAAGACUGUUCUAGGAGACAAGACUGUUCUGUGUCAUCUAGAUCGCGAAGGGGCGUCAGAUCUGGUGGUAGAUCUAAUUAUAGAAAACACCAGUAACAGAAUAUUCCAGGAGACAGUAGAACUAGGUAUCGCGUUACUAGAGGGAGGUAACUCUAUUAUACAGACCUCUCUCUAUAGCCGUCUGAGUCAUGAUAAGAGUUCAGAGACCUUCUAUCGGACGUUCUAUGAUAGAAUGAAAGAAGCCCAGUUAGAAAUAAAGAAUACAGUAACUGUCAACACCAGUGAUACAACCUCACAGAAAUUAGAAGAGGAAAAUCUCUCAGCCAGUAAAAAUAUUAAAAAAGGUCGAUCUGAUGCUGUGAUAUCAGAGGGAUUGAGAUCUCAAUUUGACGAUGCCAGUAACACGGCAGGUAGGACCAUGGGUCAGAUGAGACAGGGUCAUGGUCACGGUGAAGAUAGCGAGAAUAAUACUCCCGUCACUCCACCUGAUGAUGUCACAGAUCAUCGACCAAUGAGAGACAAGGAUGAGAAGAAACUGUCUGCUCAGAUUGGAAUGAUGCAGCCUAUUCUACGAUUAUUACAGUUAUUGUGUGAGAAUCAUAACAUGGAUCUACAGGUAGACAAUAAAACAAGUUAUAAUUUAGUUUGUGAAACUCUGCAGUUUUUAGAUUGUAUCUGUGGUAGUACGACUGGAGGAUUGGGUCUACUAGGUUUAUAUAUUAAUAUAAAUAAUGUAGGUUUGAUUAACCAGGCGUUAACUAGUUUAACAGAAUAUUGUCAAGGACCGUGUCAUAUCAACCAGAAUUCUAUCGCUAUGCAUGAGAGUAAUGGAAUAGAUAUUAUUAUAGCGUUAUUAUUAAAUGAUAUUAAUCCACUCGGGAAACAGAGAAUGGAUCUAGUUCUAGAACUGAAGAAUAACGCGUCAAAACUACUACUAGCUAUAAUGGAGAGUAGACACGAUAGUGAGAACGCUGAACGAAUUCUCUCUAAUAUGAGUCCAAAACAACUAGUUGAUGUAGCCAAACAAGCGUUCCAUUCUGAAGAUACAGUAGAAGAUGAUGAAGAAGAUGAUGAAGAAAGAGAAGCAUCCCCUAAAGCUGUGGGUCACAAUAUAUUCAUCCUCGCCCAUCAACUCUCACAACAUAAUAAAGAACUGGCGGAGUUAUUAAAACCUAGUGGUACUGAUUUAUAUGGUGACCAGGCUUUAGAGUUUUACGCUAAACAUACAGCUCAGAUUGAAAUUGUGCGUCUAGAUAGAACAAUGGAGAGAAUCGUCUUUCCAAUUCCAGAAAUCUGUGAAUAUUUAACGGAGGAGACGAAAGUAAAAGUUUAUAAUUCUGCCGAACGUGAUGAACAGGGUAGUAAAGUGUCUGAUUUUUUCGAGCGUCAUGAAGACAUGCUGAGAGAAAUGCAAUGGCAGAAGAAAUUGAGAGCGAAUCCGUUGCUAUUUUGGUUUAGUAGUCACAUGUUACUAUGGGGUAGCAUGUCUUUUAAUUUCACCGUCAUCAUCAACCUUCUAGUGGCCUUCUUUUAUCCUUUUAGUAAUUCCAAAAAAGAGCUAGAUCCGAGACUGUCUGGUUUAGUAUGGACAGCCAUGUUGGUAUCGUUAGCAUUCGUUAUCACCCUCCCCCGUCCACUUGGUAUUCGUACUUUAAUUGUUUCCACUAUACUCAGAUUAAUAUUCUCAGUCGGUCUGGAACCUACACUUUGGUUACUUGGUGUUUUAAAUGUUAUAAAUAAAGCAAUAUUUUUAACGAGUUUAAUGGGAAAUCGAGGAACUUUAACGAAACCAUUUCGAUAUAUUAUAACAGAUUUUGAGUUUAUGUAUAACAGUAUUUAUCUUACCAUGUGUACUCUUGGUUUAUGUGUUCACGAAUUCUUCUACAGUUUAUUGUUAUUAGAUGUUGUAUAUAGAGAAGAGACGUUAGUUAAUGUGAUACGAUCAGUAACUAGAAACGGUAGAUCAAUCAUCCUAACAGCUGUUUUAGCUGUUAUUUUAAUCUACCUAUUCUCUAUAGUUGGGUUUAUCUUCUUCCAAGAUGAUUUUCUAAUGGAGGUUGAGAUGCUACCAGUAGAAGACAUUGUCAAAGGCCACAUUAGAAGUUAUACAUGCAAAGUGUCAAGUCGUGUGAAUGAGACGAUCAACCAAGGUCUUGUGAAUAUAAUCACACUAAGUGAUGGUGUAGAAGAAGAUGGGAAACAAAGAGCCUGUGAUUCUCUCAUUAUGUGUAUCCUGACCUCCCUGAAUCAGGGAUUACGGAAUGGAGGAGGAAUUGGAGAUGUUCUCCGUAAACCAAGUAGUAGGGAACCAUUAUUUGUAUUGAGAGUUAUCUACGAUCUUCUGUUUUUCUUCAUCGUAAUUAUUAUCGUUCUCAACCUGAUUUUUGGUGUCAUCAUCGACACUUUUGCUGAUCUCAGGAGCGAAAAACAACAGAAAGAAGAAAUU